AGUAAUUAUUUAGUUUAUACAAUGAAUAAAACAUUUCUCAAAUCACCACCACCUGCAAAUCAAAAGAAAAUUUUUGAAUUUUUUAAAACUAAACCAACAAUACCAUCUCAAUCACCUGCUAAACAAUUAAGACUUACCAAAUCACCUGCAAAACAAAAUGAUGAAGUACUUGAUAGUAGUAUUAUAAAUGUAAGUAGUGAUGAUGAUUUUCAACCAAAAUGUAUGAUCGGUAAAAAAACAAUUUUCAAAAGCAAGAAAUUAACUAAGACACGUCAACAUACUACAUCUUCAGAAAAUGCGAAAAAGAGAAAGCGUAAUACAUCCGAGGACGAUGCUAAGAAAUUCUUGGGAACAAAUCCAAAAAUAAUUGUUCGGCCCGGUAAAUGUAAGGUGCAAUCAAGUCCUAUUAAAUCAAAUUCAAAUGAUAACAUAAAAAUUUUUACAAGUACACAAAAAGAAGUUUCCCAAAUUGAAAAUCCUAAAAGUAAAGAAAAUUGUGAUAUUCUGAAAUCGAUAGAAAAUACAGAUAUGAAAUUUCUAGAUGAUAGUGAUUUUAUGGCAGAAGAAUUGAAUGAAAUCGAAAAAAAUUGUGCAACUUCAAAGUGUAAUGCGAAUACAGAUAACCUAAUAACGGUCGCAAAAGAAAUUUCUGAUGAAUUAUUAAAUGUUAGUCUUAACGAUAGUAUGAAUAAAUAUUUUGAGGAAGAAAUGCAGCUAAAUGAUGAGCUACCCGUCGUACAUGAGGAAGAAUCAUUAAACUUGGAUAAUUGGCAAAAAUGUACAAUUUUGAGUGUAGAAGUUAUUAAUUAUAGUAUAUCCAUAAAAGUAAAGUCGGUGUUAUCAAAUGCUGAAAAUUCGUGUCUUCUGAAGCAAACAUGGGCUCAAAUAAAAUUAGAAGUAGAACAAACUGUUAAUAUUCUAGCUAAAAAAACAACUGAUGGUUAUGAAAUUAAUAAUGAUUAUGGCUAUAUAAUACUUUGUCCAAGUAUUUUAGUAACUGGAACCGCAUUAGUAGGUUUUAUGUUUUGCCAUAGAAAAAGUAUAAUUAGUAGUACAUACGGUGGAUACAGCGGUGGUAAUAAAGUCAUGACAUGCGGAUUUCUAAUACAUGAACUUUUACAAGAAUCAUUGAAACGAAAUCUUUCUUCGGUUGAGACUAUACAAAAUGUAUGUUAUGAAUUAAUUCAUAGAAGAGAUACGAUAUCCAAACUGUAUGCAGUACAAAUGGGAACUAAAGAAACUUUGGAAGAAAUUCAACCGUUUGCUGAAAAAUGUGUUAAUUUUAUGCAAAAUUAUGUUAAUCCACCAAAAAGUUCUUUGCAAAAGAGAGAUAUCAAAAAGGGAAAUUGGGAUGGAUAUAUAACAAAAAUCAACGACAUUGAGGAAAAUUUAUGGUGUCCACGUUUGGGUCUAAAAGGAAAAAUUGACAUUUCAGUUGAAGCUAUGAUUAAACCAAAAUUAACAAAAAAUAAAACUUCUAAACCUCAAAUGAUUCCUCUCGAAUUAAAAACAGGACGUGCAACAAUGUCUGCAGAACAUCAAGGUCAAGUAGCUGUGUACAAUAUGAUGCUACGAGAACUUGAUUUCGAUUCACCGUCUGGAUUGCUUUUAUAUUUAAGAGAAAAUAUUAUCAAAGAAGUGGAAUUAAAUAGACGAGAGGAAAGAGAUUUAAUCAUAUUACGAAAUCAUUUGGUUAGUUAUUUGAGCAAAAAAGCACAAGUUGUUAAAUGUAAAGAUUCAAAUUUAUUCGAUAUUGAGAAUGAAUCGCCAAAAUUUAAUAUCAUGUUACCAGAAUUACCCCCGCCUUUAAAUAAUAAACGUUUUUGUGGAAAUUGUGAACAAUUACUUGUAUGUUCAGUUUUACAAAGCAAACCAAUUGAAGAUUGUACGAUUGGGUCAAAAAAUAUCCAGUAUGAUGAUUUUUAUAAGGAUAAUAUUAAGCAUUUAACGCCACAACACCUUCAAUAUUUUAAACAUUGGAAUCAAGCGAUACAAAUCGAAGUGUGUACUAGAAUUCUGAACAAACCAAUAUCCGAUAUAUGGGAAUGUACUCCUACAGAACGGGAAAAUAAAGGAAAAGCAUUAACAAAUUUAAUUGUGAAAAAUGGAAAAAUACAAAAUCGUAAUUUUCUAUCUUCUGGAUUGUCUGAAGGAAAUUAUUUAAUUGUAAGCUCUACAGAUCGAGUUUCAAUUGCAGCUGGAUUCGUUAUGCAUAUAAACAAAUAUUCAAUUGCAUUAGCUUUAGAAAGAAAUUUGAUGGAUCGAUAUCAGAAUUGUGAAUUCUGUGUUGAUUUUUAUGAUAUUGAGUCACAUGAUAAUGUUUAUUUAACAUCAUUGACACUUUUAUUGCAAGAUAAUGAUGAUUCCAAGAAUUUAAGAGAAAUUAUCAUCGAACGAAGAACACCCAUUUUCAGUAAUGUUGUGCCUAAAAAAAUUACACAAUUUUCUUCGGAAAUUAUGAAAAAUUUGAAUCUAAUGCAACAAAAAGCAAUUUAUAGAGUAUUUACAACUAAAAAUUAUUUACUUAUUAAUGGAAUGCCUGGAACUGGUAAAACGCAAACAUUAGUAGUUUUAAUAGAAAUAUUAUUUAUGCUAAAAAAAUCAAUAUUAAUAACAAGUAAUACACAUUCAGCGGUCGAUAAUUUAUUAGGGAAACUUUUACAAAGUAAGCGGAUUGAUGCUAAAAGAAUUUUAAAAAUAGGAUCGGAAUCACGUACAUCCCCAUUAGUUAGACCUUGUUGUGAGAAUACUUUAACUAAAAAUUGUCAAACAGUCGAAGAACUAGAACAAUUUUAUAAUAAUAUUAGUAUAGUUGGGGUUACAUGUUUUGGUGCAUACCAUUCAUUAUUAGACAGAAGAAAAUUUGAUGUUUGUAUUGUCGAUGAAAGUACUCAAAUUCUUCAAAGUAUUGUUAUAAAACCAUUAUUAUCCGCUAAAAUAUUUAUUCUCGUCGGUGAUCCAGAACAAUUACCGCCGAUUGUACAAAAUGAUUAUGCAAAACAAAUGGGAAUGGAGGAAAGUCUAUUUGAAAGAUUAUUUGAUUCGGAAUGUAUCGAACAUUUAACUCUUCAAUAUCGCAUGAAUAAAACUAUAAAUACAUUGGCUAAUAAAUUAACAUAUAAUGGAAAAUUAAUGUGUGGAAAUACAAAAGUUACCGAGAGUUGUUUAACAUUUACUGAGCCAUUAAUUGUAAAAGAAAAGUGGCUUCAUUGUAUCUGUGAUGCAAGCUUAAACAAUUCAGUAAAAUUUAUUGAUACUGGUAAUACUUCAGAUAUAAAUAUUCGAUAUUUUAAAGAAUUCGAAUCGAAAUAUCCAGACAUAUUCAUUGGAUACAAUUUUAAUAUAAAUAAAGUCAGUAAUUUAUGUGAGGCAGCGAUUAUACUACGUAUAGUUAAGAUAUUCGUAAAUGGUGGCAUUAAAAUUAAUGAUAUUGGUAUCAUAACUCCAUUUCAAGCGCAAGUCAAACUUUUACAAAUAGUUAUGCAAAAUGUGGAUCCCUCGCAUAAAGAGAAAAUUGAAAUUAAUACUGUGGAUCAGUUUCAAGGACGUGAUAAACAAGUUAUAUUAUUUUCAUGUACUAGAAAUGAAACAGCUGAAUAUUGUAUUUUAACAGACAGAAGAAGAUUGAAUGUAGCCAUUACCAGAGCCAAAAUGAAAUUAAUAUUAAUUGGAAAUAAAGAUGCUAUGCUGGCAUAUAAACCUUUCCAAAAAUUAUUUACUUGCUUUGAAAAGCAUCAGUUAAAAAACUUAAUCGAUAAAGUAGAAGAUUUUAGUUGGGAAAAUAUUUUAGAUGAAUUGAGUAAUGAAAUUAAAAAUAAUCGUGAUACGUUUAUGGUCUAAAAGUUUUUAAGCUGUAAUAAUUAUACGUGCCAUAAAAAGUGAAUUUGGAGGGUUUGCAUUUAGGAAUUUUAAUUUUUCUGUUUUUAUUUAAUUAUGUAGUUAAUAUUUACACAGAUUAAGGAAUUGUUAUUUAGAUCGCAAAAGUCGCACGGGAAUAAAUUGCGCCAUUGGAAUGGAUUGUAUUUAUUAACGUUGAAGGAGUCAAUUUUUGUUAAGACGAAUCUAAAGAUUGUUGCCCUGUAAAUGGCUUAUGUAAUUUCAAUUUGGGAAAUUUUGAUUGCCUAGAGUGGGUACUACGUUUCUUUAUAUUCCAGGUUUAGUGAAUAUUUAUAAUACAACUAUUUUUAUAGAACAAUUCAAUGACUUCUUGCAUUCUAUGGCUGAACAUAUACAAGAUAUUCC